UCUAUCGUGGCUGGUACCAUUGAGUAGCGGAGCGAGGCUGCCGCUAGUGGCAGAAAACGUCACAGAUUAUUCGCAUGUUUUUUUUAAACAGAGCAAUCUUGCCUCACUCUGCGGUCGACUCCAUACCAACCACUGAUCCAAUCACAUACCCCUUACAUCCCUGAUUUCGCUUCAUUCUAUCGCCCGCUGUUCCUCGUAUUUUUAAGGAAAAAUACAUCCACAAAUUUUCACCAUGGCAAGCAACGAAGACAAACCGACGGUGAAAGAGGAUGAGAAUGCUGGAAGCUGGAAAGAUUCCAUCUUCAACCCAAGGACCGGGGAGUUUUGUGGGCGCACAGCGAAGAGCUGGGGCCUCAUCCUCCUGUUCUACUUGGUGUUCUAUGCGUUCCUGGCUGGGAUGUUCGUCCUCACCAUUUGGGUCAUGCUGCUGACGCUAGACGACUAUGUGCCAAAGUACCGCGACCGGGUGCCACACCCAGGGUUGGUCAUCCGGCCAAAGCAGUUGGACAUGCUGUUUAACAGAUCACAGCGUCUCCAGUACGACCCAUAUGUCCAGACCUUAGAGUCUUUCCUGCAACAGUACAACGACACGGAGCAGGAGAGGAACGAGGCAUGCCUGGCGGGGGACUACUUUGAGCAGGAGGGCAAGGUGGGCGAGCAGAGGAAGGCGUGUCAGUUCAAGAGGAGUUCUCUGAGCCGCUGCUCCGGCCUGUCCGACUCCACCUUCGGUUACGCUGAGGGGAGACCAUGUGUCCUCCUCAAAAUGAAUAGGAUCAUUGGGCUGAAGCCGCGUGGAGAUCCCUAUGUCAACUGCACGGCAAAGAGAGACACCCCCGUACAGAUGCAGUACUUCCCCAGUGAGGGGCGCUUCGAUAAAAUGUAUUUCCCUUACUACGGCAACAAACUUCAUGAGAGGUAUGUGCAGCCCCUGGUUGCUGUUAAGCUGUUGCUGAACAAGGAGGACUACAACACGGAGCUGACCAUAGAAUGCCGGAUCGAGGGAUCCGACCUGCGCAACAACGACGACCGAGACAAGUUCCUGGGCCGCGUCACCUUCCGAAUCACAGUCAAAGAGUAGGGAAUAGUGAAGAGGAGGCUAGUGUGGAGAAAUGUGGUUCUGACCUCCCCCGGAAGAUUCCUGGUAGAAUAAGAUGGGCCUAAUUACAAACCAAUCCCUCCACCCUCACUCCAUAUCCUAGGCGAGGGACAUUCAAACCUGGUAUUUUUCACUUCACCUUGGUAGUUCAUUGAUUGGUCAGAUAAUCUACUCACCUGUUGUUAUAGGUCAGUCUCUAGUUAGACAGGAUGGGGAAGGAUUCAAACCAGCAGUGCUGUGAACCCCGAAUCCCAGAUUUGAAUACCCUUCUCUUAGGCUCUUGUUGACUCCAUCUUGUAUUUCUGAUAGGGUUGGAUAUGUGUAAACAUAGCACGAGUGCUAGAUGAAGCAAUUAUCAUAUCAUAGCUGAUGCCAAUCCAUUCCUUUCAGAUCUACAGUACAUCACACCCAAAAAGGGCCUAGUGUAGUGCCUACAGAUGUAGCAUCUUAAUUUGAUCACUCUUUCAUUGCUGAGAAUUUUCCUGCACAGCAGGAAAUGCAAACUUGUAGUGUAUUUUAAAAAGGCUUCUAAGGUUUGUCAUUUACACUUGGAGAUUUCAGACUUGAUUUGCCCUAAUGAAAAAUGUAUCAAGCCCUACAAAAAUGCCAUUAAUUAUAAUUCCGCAUAAUAAAUCACAUUUCCUGUUGCUGCAGGAUUAUCUUCCUGCUGUAGCAAACUGGCUCAAAUUAAGAUCCCAGAUCUGUAGUGGUGGGGGUUGAGAGAUCGGUUUGGGAUUGGAUCAAAGAAGGAUAGGGCGGUGAUGUCAUCAAUUUUCAACUUUCUCCUGGAAAAGCGGUAAUCGUGCCAAAUUUAAUGGAACAUCUAGUUCCCUUGUUUACUUCUAUGUUUACUCUAGUAUGACAUCAUCUUUGUCUUCUCUUUCAUUAUGUCAUUCUAGCAGGAGUCUUUUCAUGACUCACCAACCCUAACGACCAUCAGACCCUUCUAUUAGUCGGCUUUUGUUGUCUGACCCAGUGCUCUAGUGUUGAUCUAGGCUCAGAUCUUAUUUUCUAUUCAACUGGUCUAGAUUGGAGCUUAGAUGUGGUAAGCUGAACCUAGAUCUGGGCUUAGUACCAAGGGUUGGAUCAACUGUCAGGAGUUGGCCUCAGUCAGUAUUUCACUUUCAGUCAUCCACUGUCAAUACAACCAUGUUUACAGUUGACCCUCUCAUCUGAAAACAGAAUAAAUAAUUAUUCCUCAAAAUCACAUAGGGACCACUAAAUCAUGAGGUCAACCACAUAGAUAGUCAACCCCAGUUAAACACUGUCAAACCCAGAUGCCCUCUACAAUUCAAUGUCAUUUAGAACCCUUUUCCUCUUGGGACCACAAUUUGAACCACAUCAUAUUAUAAUAGAGAACUGUAGAUAUGUAUGUGUGGUGUGGUCUGACCACAACCCAGUGCCGUCUGUCUGUCCGUCUGCAUGUCUGUGUAUCUGUUUACUCUACCCCUUACCUCGCCACUGUAAUAGCCAAUUUGUGGUGAGUGUUCGGAUGCAAAAUGGCUGCUGUGCAUCACCCAGGUGCGUGCUACACAUUGGUGGUUUAUGAGGUGAGUUAUCCUCCCUCAAACACACACACACACAAACACACCACAUCACUCAUUCACUUACAGUACCAGUCAAAAGUUUGGACACACC